AUGUCUAUUUUCGAAUCCCACAACCAGACACCUUUGCCCACACAGGACAAAAUUUGGCAUGUCACCGGUGGCACGCCCUCGAAUCCAGCUCUCCUCCUUCUACAUGGCAUCUUUAACUCACAUCAAGAAUUUCGUGAUGUAUAUAAAUAUCUGGAGAAGGACUUCUACAUCAUCCUCGUUGAUCUACCUGGGCACUCCAACUCUCGCUCGCCUAAACUAGACGACUAUCGUAUCCCUGAAAUUGCAUCUGACCUCGCUACAUUGAUCAAAGAGGUCAGUCCGACACAGAAAGCCCACGUCGCCGGAGUGAGCUACGGGGGCUUCAUUGGGCUCGAACUUGCGCGAAGUCACCCAGAUGUUGUUGAAUCUCUAUUCGAGAGUGGUGGAGCGCCGUUUGGUUUCAAAGAAAAGAAAACUGUGCGCGAUCCAUGCAAAGUGUGGGCAUUCAUGGGCGCCUCUAUGAUAGUGCCUGAUUGCAUGCAUUACUUCAUGCAGGCCAUGCAAGGGGUUUCCAAGGACGCGACUCUCCGAGCCGAGUCCAAAGAAAACUUCAGCCUCAAUCUUAUCAAACAUGGAUUUGGAAGUGCUCUGGAAAUCACGAUGAAACGCAUUGAAGAGAUCAAAGGAGUCAGAGUCUUGGCUAUAGCUGGUGGAAAGCAGGAUAACGUCGAUAUGACACAACAGAUGGGGAGGGCAUUCCGAAUAUCUAGCGGAGGCCAUGAUAAAUGCGAGAGCAAAGCGGUCGUAGUCAAAGAGGCGAUACAUGCCUGGGACGAUCAGUUUCCCGAAUUGUUCGCACGCGGGAUAAAGGCCUGGGUCGCAGGAACUGAUUUACCAAGUGAGUUUGAAGACUUAGAGUAA